UUCACCCUUUUCGUGCUCUAUUUCUUUCUGUACCUCUCAAUCUCUUCCGAUUUUUUUUGUUCAAAAUUGCUCCUUGGCUCAUUAAUUGUGUAGUUGAAGCUAAAAGGAUUGCCUCCGUAAGUCCGUUCAAUCUUUCCCUUGUAAUAAAAUCUUGCACUUUGAUGAAAUGUAGCUGAGUUUAAAUUUCUCCUCGAUCUUUUGUAAAUCAUCCGUACGCAUCUGGGAAUCAGAUAUGCAUUUUUCUAUCAUGAAAUUUCUCUGUUUCUAGAACCCGUUAACGCAUAAUUCAGAGAGAGAAAAUUAAAGGGUCCCACAAGAUUUGGAAGGGUGUGUAGGUUUUCUAUGUCAAUAUCAUCAAUGCGAAUGCCAUCAUGGAGGGGAUGAUAUCAUAGGGCUAGAGUCCUUCCCAACUUAAUUUGUAUGCUGUCAUGUUCAUCUCCUACGAAAUUCGGGCCCGAGACCUUUUUUACCUCUUGUUUCAAAGAAAAAAGAGAGAGAUCCAUCAGAGAGGAAUGAUUCAUGAAGAGGGAAGGAUAGAAAACCUAUAAUAAUUACCUUCUUGUUGAUUACUUUCAUCAAUUUUUGUACCAUCCCACCACCAUAGAAAAUUGAUACUUUUUCCUCGUGAUGGUGCAUAUACAGUUCGGUAUUUUGCUGCGUUUAUCGGAGUUUCUACGAAGCGAUGUUAUUAGAUCAUGGUAGCUAGUAACUUGCCUUGAAAGGUAUCUAUGAUCCCCAUUCUGCAAAAUGUUCGAUUGUAACUACAAGUCACAAUAUAUUGGUGGCCAGAAGGAGAAAUUUGUAAGGUUGGAUGAUUUUGAUACAUUAUCAGUGACUUCUAAUAAGAAAGGAAUGAAGAAAUUGAGAUUUAAUUUAGAUGGUUCUAACAUAGCUGGCCAUGGAAAGAAAAAUGCUUCAAAAUCCCUUAGGUAUGGGGUGAAAAGAGGAUCAGAAGGAAUGUUAACAAUUGGACGAUCACUUAGAACAGGAGUUACUCGUGCAGUGUUUCCAGAGGACCUUAAGGUGUCUGAGAAGAUGAUUUUUGAUCCUCAAGACAAAUCUCUUCUGUUAUGGAAUAGGCUUUUGAUCAUAUCAUGCAUUUUAUCAGUAUCUGUUGAUCCUUUGUUCUUUUAUCUUCCUGUCUUCAACUAUCGGAUGGCCUGUCUGGGUAUGGAUACAAAUUUAGCAGCAACAAUUACAACUAUGAGGACACUACUUGAUGUUUUCUAUCUGAUUCGCAUGGCUCUUCAGUUUCGAAUAGCGUAUGUUGCACCAUCAUCAAGGGUUUUCGGACGAGGUGAACUUGUGAUUGAUCCUGCACAGAUAGCCACCAGAUAUUUAAGCCGUUAUUUUAUUGUUGAUUUUCUCUCUGUGCUCCCUCUGCCUCAGAUAGUGGUAUGGAAAUAUCUUAAUAAUAAAAAGAAGGGCUCGGCGGUGUUAGCUACUAAGCAGGCAUUGCUAAUUAUUGUUUUUCUUCAAUACAUCCCAAGGUUUGCUCGCUUUUUGCCUUUGGGGUCAGACCUGAAAAAGACCGCCGGCUCCUUCGCUGAGAGUGCUUUUGCUGGUGCUGCGUACUAUCUGCUUUGGUACAUGCUUGCCAGUCAUAUAGCAGGUGCUUUCUGGUAUUUACUAGCCAUUGAACGCAAAGAUACAUGCUGGAGAGAAGCUUGCAUUCUAAGUGGGAAAUGUAACAUAGACUUCUUGUAUUGUGGCAACAAAGCACUGCCAGGUUUCCACGGUUGGCGAAGGAUAAGUGAUGAGGUUCUUGGAAACAAAUGUUCUGUCAGCGAAGACGAUAAUCCACCAUUUAAUUAUGGAAUCUAUUUCCAGGCUAUGUCAUCAGACAUUGUGUCAUCCAGGAACUUUGUCUCCAAAUUCUUUUACUGUUUAUGGUGGGGCCUGCAAAAUUUGAGUACACUUGGUCAGGGCCUACUAACAAGCACCUAUCCUUUGGAAGUUAUCUUUUCUAUACUAUUAGCUAUUGCUGGGCUUAUCCUCUUCGCACUUCUGAUUGGAAAUAUGCAGACCUACCUUCAGUCUCUUACUGUUCGUUUAGAGGAGAUGAGGAUUAAAAGGCGUGAUUCUGAGCAGUGGAUGCAUCAUCGCUUGCUUCCGCAGGAUCUUAGAGAGCGAGUUAGGCGCUAUGAUCAGUACAAAUGGUUGGAAACUCGUGGAGUGGAUGAAGAGACUUUGGUCCAAAGUCUACCAAAAGAUCUUAAAAGGGAUAUCAAGAGGCAUCUCUGUCUGAAUUUGGUCAGAAGAGUCCCUCUAUUUGCCAACAUGGAUGAAACAUUGUUGGAUGCCAUCUGCGAGAGACUGAAGCCAAGUUUGUAUACAGAAGAGACUUACAUCGUCCGUGAAGGGGAUCCAGUUGACGAGAUGCUUUUCAUCAUUCGCGGACGCCUGGAGAGUGUAACUACAGAUGGUGGAAGGAGUGGAUUUUUCAACAGAGGUGUAUUGAAAGAAGGGGACUUUUGUGGUGAGGAGCUUCUGACUUGGGCACUGGACCCUAAAUCUCUUGGUAAUUUGCCAUCAUCAACUAGGACAGUGAGGGCAUUGACUGAGGUAGAGGCUUUUGCCUUAGAAGCUGAAGAGCUGAAGUUUGUUGCAUCUCAAUUUAGGCGUCUUCAUAGCAGGCAGUUGCAACACACCUUCCGUUUCUACUCUCAGCAAUGGAGGACUUGGGCUUCCUGCUUUAUCCAAGCUGCUUGGCGCCGGUAUUCCAGGAGGAGAGCAGCAGAACUUCAUCGCCUAGAAGAAGAGGAGGAGGAGGUGGAUUACGACGAAGAAGAUGACGAUGAAAGGGCAUUAGUUGAGGAAAAUGAUGGCUCUGCUAGACUAGGUGCAACAAUCCUUGCUUCACGCUUUGCUGCCAAUGCUCUUCGUGGACACAGGCUUCGCAGCUUGAAUUCCAGAGCCUUGACGAAGCUGCAGAGGCCUCCAGAACCUGACUUCAGUGAGUAAUAAGUGGAAGCAGGGAUGGUUUUAUCUAUCUGGAUAUUCUUAUACAUAUUUAUCAUUGGAAAGUAGAGAGUAGUAUCAUUUCAACCUGUUCAACCAAAUUAUGUUAUAUUUUGUAUUGUUAGCAGCAGCGCCUUACAAAUUAGCUGUGGUGUACCUUAAAUAAGGUUAUUGAAACAUCACUUGGGUAUAUUAACAUGUUAAGUCCGUUGUCUU